AUGCUGCCAGAGCUUCAAUCCAUGGGCAUCAGCCAAGAAGCAUACAUCGGCAGAGAUCAGAAGAACCCGGUGGCAGUGACCGUUGGCCCCAUCGUUCCCAUCCCCACGCAGACCACCUACAAUAGUGUCCUCGCGAGGAUUAAUCCUCUGGUCAUCGGCGUAGGAAACAGCUCAAGCCCUACAUCCGCGGAGAUGGCAUCCACCCUUCCACCCGCCGCGUCGCCUAAGGCAAAUAUGAGCCCUACGACGAUCACGCUUCAUAUUCUCUGCCCUUCGCUCGCCCCUCACAAUCGCAUUACCAUGUUGAAUUUUGCGCUCUCAACUACAAUUGCGCAGUUGAAGGAUAAACUGGCCGCGGAUAUCGCAACCCACCCCGCGCCAUCGACGCAGCGCCUUAUCUAUGGCGGGAAGCGCCUUGAACAGGACGAUGUGACUUUGGAAGCCGUUCUGGCUCCAAUUGAUGUAAGGUUUCUUGUGUUUUGUUCUUGUAUUCAGGUCACUGAAUUCUUUCCAGGGUAA